GCCGGGGACUCCCAUGCUGCUGUGGGGACCGGGGGGGUCGAAGGUCGAGGCGGCUGCCAAGAAGAAGAGGGGCGACAAGGGGGUGGAGCCCCCCACCAAGAAACAGAAAGGCGCCGUGGGUGCUGUCGGGGGGGCGGCCCCCCUCGUAAUUAUUGAUGACAUGCCCGCUGUUGAUGGGCCUCUAGCCUCGGUCUCUCCGAAGGAUCCGGUGAACCCCCCCGGGAGGAAUUACCCCGGGAGAUCCGUCAGCUCUCCUUUGCCCCCGGCGCUUCGUUGAUGCACGACACUGCCGAGCCGAAGGCCUUCCUGCGGGGCAUCACCUCGAAGAUGGACAGGGAAGUCUUCGAGACCUACGAUGACGAUGCCCUCGAGAACAGGAUCCUCCGCUCCUCGCUCACUGUAAGUAUCCGCUUCCUUUUUCCUUAUCUUGUCAGUGUAGUCUUAUUUUUUCCUGAGGAACAAUCUAACUCCUUUGAUAAUUGUUCGCAGGCCUGCAUAGCCCUCGGGGAACAGGCCCGGAGGCGCGAGGAAAGGCGUCUUCACGAGGCCGCCCAGGAUAAGAAGGUGGAGGGGCUGAUCCGUAAGAACUCCGAGGCGGUGAAGCAUGCUGCCCAGCUGGAGGAGGCCCUUCGGGAGGCGAAGGCGGCGGCGGAGAAGGCCAAGGCUGAUGGUAUAGCCGAAGGCAAGGCAGAGGCCGAGAGGGCUGCUGCCGAGGCGGCAAAGAAAGCCGCCGAUGAAGCCCAAACUGCUAAGGAGAGAGCUGCGGCCGAGGCCCGAGGGGAGGCAGUUGCGGAGUUCCUUGCUGAGGGCUGGAGGGCCGAGGGCCAUAAGGAGUGGGUUGCCUCCGUGGUGGCAGCCUCGGUGGAUGCUUGGGUAGAAGGCCCCGGGGUUGACUGGUUGACCGAUAGGGGCGACGCCUACUAUCAGGGGGGUGAGUUCUUUACCCAGCACCUGAUAUACCGGAGGCUCGCCAGGCACUUCGGUGUAUCCCUCGAACAAUUUGACCCCUCGGUAUACGGCCUCCCUCCGUUGCAACCAGAUGUCAGAGUUCCCCUCCCCCCGGGUGAAGAGCGGCCAACAAUCUAUGAUUCUGUGAUGAUGGGGGGUGACGGGGUUGGAGCCAUCGGGGGUGAUGCUGCCGGAGAAGAAGUCUCCUCCAAGGCUGUCGUGGAAGAUGCCCCCGGUGACAACGAGGCUGAAGCUGCCGAGAAGAUUAUUACUUAGUUAAUUUUUUUUUUAAAAAAGCCUUGUAAUGAAACUUUUGUUGCCCCUCGGCUUUGGCCACACUCUGUAAUGAUCACAUUGACUAUUUUUGUGUUGUAAUUGAAUGAUUGCCUUCGGGCUUGGUGUAUAUGAUAUGCUUCCUUCUGAUC